UAGACUACAACCCACGGAUGCCUCUGAAGGCACUUGUUUUCAGAAAAGCCCUACCAUUAAAGGUCACUACGGUGGGUAAAACAUGCCCUUGGGAGAUUUGACCAAUCUUUGUUAUCCAACGAUCCCUCCAGGUACUUACGUCAACGCCAUCCGCAUACCUCAUGGCCAACGGACGGAUCUGAAUGAUGGAGACCUUCUGACCUUUGGCCAUCCCAACCCAGUCCCGGAGGGCUGUGCCCUGCCACCCCCACACGGCAACUCCGAGUUCUACUUCCUCUUCCAGAAAGUCCAAGUGCGACCCCAGGAUUUCGCUGCGAUCAUGGAACCAAAAGCCCCUGGGGAUUUAUCGUGUGGCUUCCGACCCGUGUUGCCUUCUGGCAACCACCGCCUCCGUCCACUGCCCCGCCUCUCGCCCACCUCUUUCUCUUGCCGCCCCAAAGCCACGCUUAUCCUGAGCUCCAUUGGCAGCCUCAGCAAACUCAAGUCACAGCCGUUCACGUUUUCCCUGGGCCAGAGUCAGUGUACGGAGCCGCCUGCCCAGCCGAGAGCCUCUCGGAAUCGCCGCAAGUCGGCUCACACACUGCUGCCGGAACUGGAGGAUGAAAUCACACGACUUGAAGAGGAGCCGCCGCCCCCGAAGAAGGAGCAGGCGUUUGGCAGAUACGUGCAUAGCCACAACCCCUUGCAGCUCCAGCAGAGGGUGACGGAGAGGAGCAGGAACUUGCAAGAGGAUGUGGGACCAAAGCUUCACGUCACACCCAGUGGGAAGCGGCGUGGUCGGCCACGGAAGAACCCUCUAGGGGGCACCUGCCAAGUUUUCUCCCAGACUCUUUCUGCAUCCGAGCCGUGUGCAGCUCCCCGUUGCCGCCUUCCCCAGGAUGAGACCGUGGAAUGGGUCCAGUGUGACGGCUGCGACGCCUGGUUCCACGUGGCCUGCGUGGGCUGCAGCUACAGCGCCGUGCAAGAGGCAGAUUUCCGCUGUGCUGCCUGCCGCUCAUAACGCACUUAGGCAACAGGGAGGAACAAUCCCCCUCUUCCCCAAAACGGAUGAGGCUGUAGCAGUGAACCCAAAUGCAACAUGUGCAUGGGUGUACCUACCAGAGCUUUUGAGAAACCACCAAGUGGGGAUACACACACUAGUGAAAAUUUUGCACAAGUGAAGAUUAGCACGAUGAGAGCAUCAAGCACACGUAAAAAGGAUAGGUCCUGUAACUGAAAUGAUUACAGGACCCCGGCAUCAUAACAGGAAUUGCUGGAGGAUUUUGCUGAAUUUAAGCGAGCCCAGUCC